AUGACCAGUAUCUUCCUCAACAACAUGAGAUCCCUUGGAAAUAAGAUCGACGAGUUGAAGCAACAGGAUCGGUAAGAACAGAUGCAUUCUGGUUGUCAUAGAGACCUGGCGUUAUUCACUCAUUCCAGAUACAGCUAUCAAAUUAGCAGGCCGUAUGGCACACAAGACUACAUCAAGAGCAAAGGCUGGGGGGACAUGCUUGUAUGUAAACAACAGCUGGUGGCUGCGGCUCAGUUGUUCGAGUCGGUUGUCUCCAGAUCAUAAGGUUGGGGGGUCGAGAGCUGUCCACAUGCCGAAGUGUCCUUGAGCAGGACACUUGAUUCCACCCGCUGUUGGCUUCACCCAGUUGUGUGUGAAUGGGAUUAGUCAAUAUCUGCUAUUCCCAUCAUAGCAGAGCACUUCAACCAUGCUGAUUUGCUGCAGAAAUCUACGGGACCAGAUGGUGUUUUUGACUGGGUGCUGAAGGACUCAGUCUCUACCCCAAAUCCAUCAUCCUACGAUGGAGUUUUUGCCAAAAGAGACCCUUUCCAGUGGCACUCAUUCCUGUUGUAAUGACGUUCUUUGAGAAACUUGUCUGAACUUGCGUCAUCUAAAGCCUCCCACCCAGGUUUGACACCCACCAGUUUGCUUACAGAGCAAAUCAGUCCACAGAGGACACCAUAUCCAUGAGUCUGGAUUAAGUAUGUCCUGAGAAUCUGAGAAUAGGCUCUGCUCUCAGUCUCGGCACUGGCUCCCCGGUGCAUGCUGAGUCCCCUACUCUACACCCUUGACACACACCACUGCACUCCUGUCCAUGCCAGCAACAGCAUCAUCAAAUUUACUGAUGACACCACUAUCAUUGGACUCGUCUCUCGGGGAGAUGGGUCUGCUUACUGGGAUAAGGAGCUGGUCAUAGACUACAGGGGAGACAAAACAGUCAUUUAGCCCCUUUCCAUCAGUAGUGAGCAUCUGGAGAAGGUCUCAGAUGUGUGGUUCCCGGGUUUGCAGAUGGAGGAGGACUUGACCUAGAGUGCUUAUACCACAUCACAAAAACUAAUUUCUUGUCGGAUAUUUUUGAUAGUCUUGCAGCAAAGAUGUGGAAUGAGGAUCUGUCCUGAUCUGCUAUCAUUAGAAUCCAUUUUCUUUUCAAAUUCAUAAUCAUAUUGAGGAAAAUUUUGAGCCUUCCAGAUCCUCAUUUUUGGAAUAUAAUUUACUAGAAUGUGGUCAGGGCCCAGACCACGAGUCUUUUCUGUGCAGCAGUGGAAACAGAUGCCAUGCCUGCUGAUGAUGUAACCCUAAUGGUAGCAUGUGCAGACAGAGAAGAAAGGAAGGGGGCUGAAGACUGAACCUGCAGGCAAAUUUCAAGAAAUAUUUGCCUACCAGAACUCUAAAAGGAAAACAGAGUUUUGCUGAUGUGUUAUGUAAACCAGUGUAGAUCUGUACCAGAAAGGCCGACCUACAUUUAUCUUUACAUGUCUUUUGCCAAUCAACAAGAAAUGAGAAAAGCCACCCAAGUUAGACAGUGAAAUACAUAGAUAAGACUGGUACAUAGAGAUGCAUAAAUACACACACAAAAAAGUUGAUGUUCUUGAGCAAAUAAGAUCAAGUCCCUUUCUUCUCCUGUGGAGGACAACAAAGAAUGCUGAUUUUUCUCUCUUUUCUUUCUACAGGAUGCACUUUAAUUUCUUACUGGGCAGCACUCCAGGCCGUCAUCUUAAUCUGAUCUGUAUCACCCUGGGCUGUCUAGCUGAGGUUAUCUCACCAAAGGACCACCCCUGA